GGGAGGGGGCGUGCCCGUGCGCGCGGCGGGGGCGCGCGGAGCGGCGCGGGCACGCGCGGAGGGCGCUGAGGCGCAGCAUGAGGGCGCGCCCCCCGCCCCCGCGCCAUGGAGGGGUUCACCGGCCGCGGGUACGGCACGGGCGGGCCCGACAACCGGCCGCUCUUCGGGGAGACCUCGGCCAGGGACAGAAUCAUCAAUCUAGUUGUUGGCGGCUUAACGUCCUUGCUGCUUGUUGUCACUCUAAUCAGUGCUUUUGUCUUCCCGCAACUACCUCCAAAGCCCGUGAAUGUAUUUCUUGCUUUCUGCAUCUCCUUGUGUUGCAUCUCUGCUGGCAUACUUAUCUACUGGUAUCGACAAGGAGACCUGGAACCUAAAUUCAGGAACCUGAUUUACUAUAUAUUGUUUUCUAUUGUCAUGUUAUGUAUAUGUGCCAACCUGUACUUCCAUGAAGUGGGUAAAUGACGGACAUGGGGAAGCCCCAGCAGUGAUGCUGCCGUGUCAGACCGCUUCCAGCUCAGCUCUCAGCUCUGCUCGAGACGUUGACGUGAGGACGAUCAGCCUGAGAGGAAAGAAGUGGGUUGUGCAAGGAUAAAUCAGUACAUGAUUUUCAUGUAAAUGUAUAUGUAAUGUCCCUCUUGGUGGGGAGAAUUAUUGCCGUAAGACGUGACAUUCUGCUUUUUUUUGAAGAGCUCCUGUUGCGCUUGAUGAACAUUCCAGUUGUGCUGAUGGUUCAGAAUGGCACAAGCUUUUUCAUUUUGGAAAAACAAAACCCCUGCAUUUUUUUAUUACUGUACAAACCAAACUGCAGCAUUGCAAAGGAUCUGUAGCAGUACAAAUAAAUGGGCAUCUUACAGUUCCAUAAGACAAA